ACUUUCACUAGCUUCCUUGCAUUUGGCUUAGUUUCCUCAGCUUCUCGCUUCAGUGUCUCUCGUCACCUCAUUUCCUAUGAGUUUGAAUUCAGUAGUCAUAGCAAUUUCCUGUAACGCAGUAAUCAAAUCCUAGGGUUUGCGCCCUUCCGCAGCGCUAGAGUUCGCAUCACACCGAACAGCGUCGCAGAAGAUAGAACCCGUGAGGUUCGAGGCUGACUUGCUUCCAUUCCCGUGGAAGCACGCUCGCCAUGGGACGGCCCAUCGCCGGCACGGCCACGGGCAGCGCGGAAAGCCUCCUUUGGCUCGGCGCGCUGUUUGUGCUGACAUGUCUCGCCGUGGUUUCUCCUGUCCGAAGCGUGCCCUACGCCCCCAACCAAGAGCAAGCUCUCCUGGACUGCCAGAAGGCGUGGGGGCAGACGUUCGCUGGCUGGGGCCUUGGCGGUAGCAACUGCAACAGCAGCGCGACUAACCUCACCUGUGACGCUCAAGGGAUGGUAACCACCAUGAUGUUUGCUAACGAUGGUCUACAAGGCUCCAUACCAGCAACAAUCGGCAAUCUUGUAUCGCUCACCUACUUGGAACUGGUUUAUAAUUCCUUGACUGGGUCUGUUCCAUCUACCAUUGGCAGCAUGAGCAGCCUCAAGAUUCUGGACUUGAGUCGUAAUGCUUUGACUGGGCCUAUUCCAUCCACCAUCGGCAGCAUCAACGGCCUCACACUUCUGGACCUGACUUUUAAUGCCUUGACUGGGCCUAUUCCAUCUACCAUCGGAAGCAUGAGCAACCUCGUACUUCUGGACCUGAGUGUUAAUGCCUUGACUGGGCCUAUUCCAUCUACCAUCGGCAGCAUGAGCAACCUCACACUUCUGGACCUGAGUCGCAAUGCCUUGACUGGGCCUAUUCCAUCUACCAUUGGCAGCAUGAGUGGCCUCAGGCUUCUGGGACUAUUUUCGAACUUCCUCUCCCAGACCAUCCCAGGUUCCAUUGGGAACCUUAUCAACUUACAAUAUUUAUACCUUCACAACAACAGUUUAAGUGGCACCAUUCCCGACUCCAUCAGCAAGCUCGUCAAUCUCACAAGACUGGAACUUGCCUUGAAUUUCCUGACCGGAUCCAUCCCACAGUCAAUUGGAAACCUUGUGAACUUGGACGAUUUGAGCCUGGGUAGCAACAGUCUGAAUGGCACAAUUCCUGAAUCAAUUGGCAACCUCAUCAACCUCAGUCAUCUGGAUGUUUCAGAGACCAAUCUGAGUGGAGAGCUCCCUGCCGUGCUCGGUCGCGUGUACAAACUUAAAUACUUGAUCCUUUCUGGCACAGCAAUUACAUGCCCACCCGACAACAGCAGCUGUGUGGUCCCACAGGACAAUUCAACCGCCUUUUGCCUGCAUUGCUCCUCCUUCUGCUCCACAUGUCUCAUGCCACCACCCUCUGCUGUGCCACCCACGUCACCCCACAUGAAACUCCUGCUGGAACUCCAGCAGGCGUGGGGGCAGACUUUCUAUGGGUGGUUGCCUGGGGGGAACUGCAGCUAUGCGGAAGGUGUGGAGUGCGAUGGCCAGGGCAUGGUCACCAGCAUGGUUCUAAGUGGCCAAGGAUUGACCGGAUCCAUCCCAUCUACUAUCGGCAGCAUGGUCAGCCUGACUGGCCUAGAUCUCUUUGGGAACAAUCUUAGUGGCUCGAUACCCUUGGCAAUUGGCAAUCUCCUCAAUUUGUGCUAUUUGAGUCUGGGAUCAAAUGUCUUGACUGGGUCUAUUCCAUCUACCAUCAGCAGAAUGAGCAGCCUCAUGCGUCUGAAUCUGAAAUGGAAUGCCUUGACUGGGUCUAUUCCAUCUACCAUCGGAACCUUGAGCAACCUCACUCGCCUGUAUCUAGGCAAUAACAACCUCUCAGAGUCCAUACCAGAAUCCCUUGGGAACCUCAUCAACAUGGAGGAAUUGUGGCUCUACAAUAACAGCUUAAGUGGCAGCAUUCCAGACUCCAUCAGCAAGCUAGUAAAUCUCACAGUACUGGAUGUCAGCCAAAACAAUCUCACCGGCAGCCUUCCUCCAACUAUGGGCAGCCUUACCCGUCCUUUGAACUUGAUAAUUAAUGAAACUGCUAUCACGUGCCCACCGGACUACGGCACCUGCAUGGUCCCACAGGACAAUUCAACCACUUUCUGCCAGCAGUGCCCUGGCUUCUGCAGCACAUGUAUCAUGGCACCACCCUCCUCUGCACCACCCUUGUCCUCCCAAACCUCUCCAUCCCAGCCUCAACCUGGAGCCUCUCCCUCCCAGUCUGGAGCCGGACUGUCAGUAGGCGCCAUCGCCGGCAUUGCUGCUGCUGGAGGUGUGGCUAUCCUCGCGGUGCUGCUGCUGGUUCUAAUGCUUUGCAAGCGAUGGCGCACCGAAGGGGCAGCAGCACGAGGAGAUGGUGGUACUGAUGUGGAGGACAAGGAUUUGGCAGAAGAAGAUGCACUCCAAGAGUUACCAGGAGUAGCAUACAAGGCAGAGGAGAGGGACCCCGAGGCAGCAGCAGCCGCAGCAGCAGCAGCAGCUGUGGCAGCAGAAGCAGCAGCAGUACGUGUGCAGGAUGUAGGGGAUUUGGUGGUGGAUAUGGAGGCAGUGAAGCCGCAGGUGUGCCAGAAGUUCACUCUGGAAGAGCUGGCAAACGCAACAGCGGAUUGGGCCGAGGGGAACAGGAUUGGCAGCGGCAGCUUUGGGGAUGUGUACAAGGGCGUGUCGCCGUACGAUCUUAAUGAGAUAUGGGCUGUGAAGCGAUCCAGGAUUCUCUCCAAUGACUUCCUCACUGAGGUGAACGAGAUGGCAUCAAAGCACCACCCGCAUCUGGUUCGGCUGCUAGGAUUCUGUGUGAACAUCGAUUUGAGCACGAGCCGCAUGGAGCAGCUGUUAGUAUAUGAGUUCAUGGCCAACCGAGACCUUGAGAGCUGGAUCGGACCAGGUGCUCCACAACACCUUUCGCUGCUGCAACGCCUGGACAUCCUUAUUGGGGUUGCAAAGGGGCUGCAGUACCUUCACGAUUUUGGCAUUGUGCAUCGCGACAUCAAGCCAGCCAACAUUCUUCUUGACGCGAAAAUGCAGGCCAAGAUUGCGGACUUUGGCCUUGUGAAACUCAUUGGGGGCACCGCUAUGGGCACAUCUCUAGCUGCCACUCGAGUGAUGGGAACACCGGGCUAUGUGGAUCCAGCCUACUACAAGUCACACAAGGCCACUACAGCAGCAGAUGUCUACAGCUUUGGCGUGGUGAUGCUGGUGGUCAUUUCGGCACGCAAGGCCCUCCAUGUGGAAGAGGACAGCCAUAUCAGCCUGAAGCAAUGGGUCGCCCCAUUUGUGGAGUCCGGUGCCGUGGCAGUGUUCAAGGACCCUUACCUGGAUGCUCCAAAUGAUUUCGUGCUGCGCUUGGCCCGCCUUGCCCUCUCCUGCACUGCCAUGCCUGCGGCCUCCCGCCCCUCCAUGAAUCAACUGCUGGGAGAGCUGGUGAAGUUCAAGCAGGAAACAUUUGGAGCACACGUGAGCAAGGCUGUAUCGACCAUCUUCAUGGAAGCUGGGAGUUCAGUUGGUGGCUCCUCUGGCUUCACUGCUGAAAUGGUCCGUGCGGAGCGUGAGGGUAUGCAGAGUGGCUCCAUGCCAUAGGAGGGCAAUGUUAGAAUGCUAGCUUAGCUAGGAAGCUAGGAAAGGCUUGAGGUUUAGUUAGGAGGAGCCAUGGAGUGGCGUGAGGUUUAGGAAGGAGAAAAGUUGAGGAGAGAAAAGGAAGUUAGGAAAGAAGAGAGGGGGAUACAAGGAGGGGUGUUGUACCCCCUACAGUAAUGUUCAGUAACAUCUAAUCUACCAAGCCUACACAUUAUAUAACUCAAUAUAUAAUUGUAACAAGC